AUGUCUUCAUAUAGCAUUCUCAUCGACAAGGGGAACUUUUUGGUCGAUCCCGGCCACAUGGGACGGAUUGAGGGGCCGACCCUGCGGAAAAUGUUCUUGCCAAGGAUCACGCGCGAAGGGCAGAAGGCAAUAUCACAAAACAGCCACUUCGUGCGUUGUCAAUUGAAGCACUACGGAGUGGAAUUUGAAGAGAAAGAAUUCUCCGGCAAUGGGACUGCAUUGCUGAAGAAAGCUCUUCAAGCUGGAAAAUGCGACCAGGUCCCUGACCCGAUCCGCCAAUUGGAGAGGCAGAUGUACACGAAGUUCAUCAACGAACGUACUCAUGAUGAGCUAGUCGACUAUCCUGAUUGGGCCAUGAAUAAAUACUUCCUGUCUUUCGGGUAUCCCGACCACACGAAAACCACCACUGUUGUGGGUCUAGUCGUGGGUCAAACGGAUACCUUCUUUUCCGCGAGCGAACAUACAAGCGAUAUACGGCUUUGGAAAAUUAGCGACGCUGCCAGCAAAAUCCCGAAACUGCACUACGAAAAGGCCAUGGGAGCCGAGACCCGGGCGAUCUACCUGGGAUGGGAUGCAGCAGCUGUGGAGAAGGCAGCAUCGGAACAUGUAGCCAGUCAGUGGAAAGCUCCACUGGAUGAUUUCGACGAGAGCGACGAAGACGACAAGCGCGAGCGAGCUCGAAAGAAGCUACACACAGACUACCUCAACGCUAUUGCCCAAUCCAAGAGCCAAAACAAGGCCGUGAGGGGCCCCUCUCCUAUUGGUAGCUAUAUCGUUGACAGCCAAUAUUACAAGAAGCAAUGGAGGAGUGGUGCAGACGACCUUCGCCUCGACAUCCACAAAACCGACACGCCUGGUGUUUUCCAAGCAAAUUUCGAAUUCGGGGUCCACGAGGGCAUCAUGAUGAUCGGUGUGCAGAAAGACGUCCUUGAGGAGCAUUGUCUCGAAGCUGACCGUCAGACUGUAUUCUCGGACGAUGAAGAAGAAUACGACUCUGAAUCGGAGGGGAGAACUCUCGCAUCAGGCUCCAAAAGAAAAGCCUCAGGAACCCCAGGGACCAAAAAAGCCAAGAAACAGCAGUCAGAAUCAACCAAUUCGCUUAAAUACCAGCUGAAGAUGCGAUGUCGGGAGACAGGGGAGGGUGAGAUCCAAGCCGCUACCACAGACGGCAGUCUCGAAUUUGAUAAUGAAACUUUAGUCCGUUUUGUUGGAGAAGCAACUAUACCUUUGUGGAGCAACGAGAAAUUCUCAUUUACUGCAUGCAAAAUUUCCAAUAGGCCUUCUCCAGCCGAGAAAGAUUGGGGUCACUACUCGGAGAGACGACACGAUUAUGAAUGGGCUAGAAGAUGGUACUAG